AUGGCGUGCCAUGGUCUGGUAGAUGGGGGCCUGCACACUGCUCCGACGAUGGCAGGUCCAACAUGGCGCAACUCCAGAGGGGUCGAGCGGAGGCUCGACUAUAUUUUUCUAUCCAGGUCACUGGGUCAGUUGUCUAGGCGUUUGUUGCCUGUGUUUUUUUCGGAUCAUGACGGGGUGCUGCUGCAGGUGGGGGCACCAGUCUGCCUCUUCGGUAGGGGGUACUGGAAGUUAGAACGGGAGGUACUGGAUGAGCAGGCUUUCGUUAAUGGUUUUGUUGAUUUCUUUAGGGGGCUUGAGGGCCUCCGGUCCAUGUGUGAGGGGGUGUUAGAGUGGUGGGAAAUAGCAAAGGUGAGGAUUAGGGUUUUUAUAUUAGGAUAUUGUAAGAGGAAAAAGAGGGAGGAAAGGAGGGAGGUGGAUCAUAUCCAAAGGCUGCUCGAACUCGAGCUCGAGGCAGGCAACCUUGGUGGGUCGGUAGACUGGGAGAGAUCCUCUGCCCUAAAGGCGCAACUUAGGGAGGUGCAUGAGCAGAAGGCUUGCGCUUUCCUGGAGUGUGCGCAUAGUGGGUUUUUAGAACACGACGAGACUUGUUCCGCCGUGUUCUUAAAUCAGUUAGGGGAAGACAGAGUAGGAAGGUAAUGUACAGGGUUAGGGAAGAAAAUGGUAGAGUAGUGAGAAAAACUGAGGAAAUGGUCAAGGUGACCACAGAACAUUUCCGAGGUUUUUUUCAAGAAAGGGCAGUAGAUGUAGAGCAGGGAAACGUGUUUUUAGAACACCUGUCCCGGCGAGUGCCAGAAGACAUUAGAGAAGCGAUGGAGGUUCAGAUCUCCCUCGAAGAGGUUGAGAGCGCCCUCAGGAGGAUGGGAAAAGGGAAGGUGCCCGGGAUGGAUGGGCUGCCGGCAGAGUUUUACCUGAAGUUUUGGGGGAAACUUGGUCCGUCAGUCCUUGAAGUCUUGAAGGCCAUCUUCGAGACGGGGGUCCCGGGGUGAUCGAUGGCAGUAGGUGUGCUGUCAGUUCUUUACAAGAAGGGGGACGCAACAGACAUUGGCAACUGGCGGCCGUUGACCAUGCUGUGCGUAGAUUAUAAACUGCUUGCGAAGGUUCUAGCGGACCGGUUGCGCACAGCCCUUCCCUACGUCGUCCAUGAGGAUCAGACGUGUGGGAUAGAGGGCCGCUCUAUUAGGUGGAACCUGAGUUUGAUUAGGGACUCCAUCGCUUGGGUAGAGGAUAGAGGGCUGCCGUUAAUGGUAGCAGCACUUGAUCAGACUAAAGCCUUUGAUCGAGUGAAUAGAUAUUUUCUUUUCAGGGUGUUAGGUAGGUUAGGUUUUGGGGAGAAGUAUAUAUGGUGGAUCUGUGCUUUAUAUGUCGGAGCAGGGUGCCGGGUUAAUGUAAAUGGUCACAUGGGUGACGUUUUGACCUCACGUAGGGGGUCAGGCAGGGGUGCCCGCUCUCGGCACACCUUGCUUGUCCCUGGUAGCGGUGGGCUGCACGUUAAGAUGAAGCAGUACACCGACGACACUUCCUUGUUACUAUGCAAGGACUCGUGCCUGACUAGGUCCUUUGCCAUCAUUGGGGAAUUCACUCAAGCGUCGGGAGCAGUUCUCAAUCACGCUAAGUCUUCCGUUAAGUUUUUUUGGAAGAUGGCGUGGGAGGACGGAUGUGCCUGCUGGGAUAUCUCUCUGUAUCGGGGCCCUGAAGAUUCUCGGGGUCUUGUUUGAGACCUCCGGCUCAGCGACGCUGAACUGGAACAAGAGCAUCGCAGUGGUACAGAGGAAGCUGGGAAUGUGGAGGGCUAGGUCGUUGUCCUUUAUAGGCAAGGUCCUGGUCCUCAAGGUGGAUGUGUUGCCGUCUCUUUUGUAUAUGGCGUACAUCUACCCAUUGCCAGCUAGUCUGAGGAGGCCUCUAGUGAGGCUAGUGUUUCAGUUCAUGUGGGGUGGCAGGCUCGAGCGUGUCGCAAGGGUUCGCAUGCUCUGUCCCAUCGGGGAGGGAGGUAGGGGGGUACCACAUUUCCCCCUCAAGCUGGACUCGAUUUUUGUUUCUUAUUUGUUGACUGAGCUGGCUCAUCCGGUAAUACACCCGUCUGGUUACUUCCUGCUGGUGUUCUUCUCUUACCAGGCGAGAAGCGUAAUGGUGUGGACUAACACGGGUCCUCGGGCGGAACAGCUGUCAGCCUAUUUUUUGGAGACCUAUGUGCUCCUCAUUUGUUUUAGUGUAUAGUCUGUUGUUUUGUAUCCUGGUUUUUGGACCACCAGUAAAGAUCCUUGUUUCACCAUCCUUGCCUACUGCCUACUGUCUAUCCUGCACCACACCUUUUUUUUAUUUUUUAUUUUUUUUAUUUCACCUUUAUUUAACCAGGUAAACCAGUUGAGAACAAGUUCUCAUUUACAACUGCGACCUGGCCAAGAUAAAGCAAAGCAAUGCGAUAAAAACAACAACACAGAGUUACAUAUGGGGUAAAACAAAACAAAGUAAAAAAAUACAACAGAAAUACAUAUAUAUACAGUGUGUGCAAAUUUAGCAAGUUAUGGAGGUAAGGCAAUAAAAUAGGCUAUAGUGCAAAAUAAUUACAAUUAGUAUUAACACUGGAAUGAUAGAUGUGCAAGAGAUGAUGUGCAAAUAGAGAUACUGGGGUACAAAUGAGCAAAAUAAAUAACAAUAUAGGGAUGAGGUAGUUGGGCGGGCUAAUUUCAGAUGGGCUGUGUACAGGUGCAGUGAUCGGUAAGGUGCUCUGACAACUGAUGCUUAAAGUUAGUGAGGGAGAUAAGUGUCUCCAGCUUCAGAGAUUUUUGCAAUUUGUUCCAGUCAUUGGCAGCAGAGAACUGGAAGGAAUUGCGGCCAAAGGAGGUGUUGGCUUUGGGGAUGACCAGUGAGAUAUACCCGCUGGAGCGCAGACUACGGGUGGGUGUUGCUAUGGUGACCAAUGAGCUAAGAUAAGGCGGGGAUUUGCCUAGCAGUGAUUUAUAGAUGGCCUGGAGCCAGUGGGUUUGGCGACGAAUAUGUAGUGAGGACCAGCCAACAAGAGCGUACAGGUCACAGUGGUGGGUAUUAUAUGGGGCUUUGGAGACAAAACGGAUGGCACUGUGAUAGACUACAUCCAAUUUGCUGAGUAGAGUGUUGGAGGCUAUUUUGUAAAUGACAUCGCCGAAGUCAAGGAUCGGUAGGAUAGUCAGUUUUACGAGGGCAUGUUUGGCAGCAUGAGUGAAGGAGGCUUUGUUGCGAAAUAGGAAACUGAUUCUAGAUUUAACUUUGGAUUGGAGAUUCUUAAUGUGAGUCUGGAAGGAGAGUUUACAGUCUAACCAGACACCUAGAUAUUUGUAGUUGUCCACAUACUCUAGGUCAGACCCGUCGAGUGUAGUGAUUCUAGUCGGGUGGGCGGGUGCAAGCAGCGUUCGGUUGAAGAGCAUGCAUUUAGUUUUACUAGUGUUUAAGAGCAGUUGGAGGCUACUGAAGGAGUGUUGUAUGGAAUUGAAGCUUGUUUGGAGGUUUGUUAACACAGUGUCCAAUGAAGGGCCAGAUGUAUACAAAAUGGUGUCGUCUGCGUAGAGGUGGAUCUGAGAGUCACCAGCAGCAAGAGCGACGUCAUUGAUAUACACAGAGAAAAGAGUCGGCCCAAGAAUUGAACCCUGUGGCACCCCCAUAGAGACUGCCAUAGGUCCAGACAACAGGCCCUCCGAUUUGACACAUUGAACUCUAUCUGAGAAGUAGUAGGUCACACCUCACACCAACCCUUACACCUGUAUAUAGACAUGUUAUUUUUACCUUUUAUUGUUACUCGUUAUUCACUGUGUAUUUAUUAUUCUUGUCACUAUUUCCAUUUUUUAUUUAAUGUUUUAUUACUGCAUUGUUGGAAAAGGACCCGUAAGUAAGCAUUUCACUGUUAGUCUACACCUGUUGUUUACUAAGGAUGUGAUAAAUAACAUUUGAUUUGAUCCCCUAGCAGAGUGAAUGCUAAUAAACUUAAGUCUAAUGGAGAGACUCCCUCCUGUUCCUACUAAUUAACUCUCACCCUCUGCGGUUUGCAUAAGGAUGACUGAGAACGUGUGUGUGUGUUGGUGCAUUUCAGUACAUGUGUACUGUGUGUGUGUGUGUGUGUGUGUGUGUGUGUGUGUGUGUGUGUGUGUGUGUGUGUGUGUGUGUGUGUGUGUGUGUGUGUGUGUGUGUGUGUGUGUGUGUGUGUGUGUGUGUGUGUGUGUGUGUGUGUGUGUGUGUGUGUGUGUGUGUGUGUGUAUGUGUGUGUGCUGAGACAGAAUUUGACCUGGAGCCCAGGGCUAGCCUCAUUAGUGAAAGGGCUUGGUUCAUUAAUUGAUGUGAGUGAGGAACGUGCGGCCUGGGCUCUGAAUGCUAAAAGAGAAUGAUCUACCACAUCAGCAGCACAGAGAAGCAGCUUCACACUGAGAUGUCCUUUUGUCUUUGAAAUGCUCUCUAGUCUUACAGGAAACAGUAAAAACAAUUAAAAGGUUGUCGAUAAAUGUCAGAGCUGGUCAGUAAAGCCAUCUCUCCCUUCUGUUCCUCCCCCACCUGAGCAGGGUGGAAUAACCUCAGUACUCUCUCUGCCAAUGGGGUCACACACACAAAUCCCAGAGCAGAAACUAUUGAUAACAAGUUGCUCUCUUGAGUGAGUCAAGUAGAAUGAAGAAUGAGAGUGAGACAGAGAAAGAGGCUAGUGGAAAAGUGACAAAAAAUAUAAAAUACUGGAACCAAGACUUAAAAAGACCUGAUAUUGGCACAAGGUGGAGGGAAUAUUAGAACAUAACUAAUUAAAUGUACACUUAAUCCAGUUUGUUUAUACUGGAUUAAGCAUACAUUUUCAUUAACUGUAAGAAUUUAUUAUGCAAGAGACACAAUUCACAAAUUCUACAGCACAAUGGCAGAGUCAUGUCUGAAGUGUAAAACUAACGACUCAAUAAUCCAUGUCUUCUGGGAAUGCUAUAGAGUCAAAGUUAUGGCUGUCAGAAGUAUUACAAUGUAAAUGUACUUUUAAUCUGUCUGUCUGCAUAUUUCAAGACAUAGCAUAUAAGGGUGCAGUGAGAUACCCUAUGGGCUGGACGAUACUUUCCUCAUCAAUCAUCUUAAAAAAUGGAAAUCAACCAAUCCGCCAUCGUUAACACAAUGGAAAGGUAAAAUGCUUUAUCUAAAUGUUGAAAGUGCGUGGGUGACUGAGAGAAACAAAAUGGUGCAGUUUGAGGCCAUGUGGCAGAGAAUGUUAUGGGCGCUGGAGAUGGGGGUGUGAGCAGGUGGGUCUGGGCAGGGUUUAUGUUGUGGAUGUUUGUGUGCGUCUGUAUGUUGUCGUUUGUAUGUUCUGAAUGUAAAAAAAAUCCUAAAUUAAAUCUUUUUUUUUUAAGGAAAAGAAGAGACGGGAGAGUUAAGGAAACUCAAGGGAAAAAAGAGCAAGGUAUUGAUGUGGAUAGAAUGUUCGAAUUACAGAUAAAACACGCUAAAAUGGUCCAACCCACUGCACUCCACUCCAAACAGUCCUUCCACGCUAUCACUGAUGCUUUGAGGCCUACUAUGGCAGUAUGCGCUGAAGAUCGAUCCAGUCGCUAUGCCUGAGAGAGGCAGGCUGGUCCAGCCAGGCAGAGUCCCGGGAGAGCCUUGACACAGGCUGGCUCUUUGUUUGACAUGCUCCACACUCCUUGAAGCACAGCCUCCCAGCCUCUGUCUGGAGUAUCAGCCUGGCUGGGCCCACUGGGAGCUGGGUUCGGCAGCGCUGACCACAGGGCUCAGAUGGACUGCUGAUGGGUCCUUCUGCCCAGCAGCCCCGUGAGGCCAGGGCAGGCAGAGGGGUGGGGAUGUAGACAGGUGUGUUUAUGUUCUGCAUGUUGCCCCUCCAGGGGCCAGGACAGCUGCCCGUUGCAUGGGUUUUGGGAGGGGGCAGAUAGAGACAAAGAGAGAGAGUUUAUUUUGUGUCAGAUAUUGAAAUGCAAAGACAUGGCUUCUGUACAGACAAAGUAAGGUACAGUGGAUAGGUAUGAGAUACAGUGCAGGUACGCACUGCGGAAGCAGUGGCACACUGCAUAGGACUACACUUCAAUAACAUCCCAGCAAACCAAAAUUGGUUCUGUGAAUGUUCCCAGAACAUUCAUUAGGUUGCCCCAAAAGUUAUAAUAACACAAAAACUGUCCAGUUGUGCUGAUGAUUAUACAAUGUUUGUAUAAAACAUUCACCUGAUUUUGCAAGAACGUUCCCAGAACAAAUGUUAUACAUAACCUGGAAACCUAAUAAGAACCUUAGGGGAAUGUUAUGUGGUUUUUGUUACAUAUGUUGUGCACAACAUUUUAGUGACAUUUCCUUAUGUAUUAUUCUUGGAAAAAAACUAACAUUUUGUUAUCCAAAACAUUAUUUGAAUGUUUUGGGGAUGUUGUCAUCCUAAUGUUAGAUACAACCCUGACUAGAACUUAAUGGGAAUGUUUGCUGGGAUGAGGCUCAGCCCACUGGGCACAGACGUCAAUUCAAUGUCUAUCCCACGUUGGUUCAAUGUAAUUUAGUUGAAAUGACGUGGAAACAACGUUGAUUCAACCAGUGUGUGCCCAGUGGGAGAACACCCCCAGAUCAGGUGCCAACAUAAAAAAAACACACAUCCAGAAAAUCAAUUUUUCUAUAUGCUCCCAGAGCAUAAAAAGGGCCUCUCACAGUCAUAACCGUUUGAGAAUAUUUCAGGAAUAGUACCCAAUUUUACAGGAAUAUUACCUAAUGUUCUUGGAGCGUCCUCUUUAUGUGCUAGGUUGUGAACCAGGAGUUUGGAGGCAACAGAGGUUGGUCUUUGGCUCAGCAGGCUGCAGGUCUCGGGGUAAUCAGGGUUUGGGGAGUGUAAUCAUACCAAUUAAGUCCUAAUUACAAUGUAAACACAUUAUGUUGCCAAAACCAGAGGCCCCCAGAGUGAGGCCUCUGCACCAGGGCAGGCCAUGUAGCUCAGCCUCCAGCCUCCCGCUGCAGAACAACUUGGCCCAUACGCACACAGUCAAAUGACAGAGCCCAACCACCCAGACCUACUCUGUAAAGUGACAGGACCACACUCAGUCACUUAGCUAGUAACUGACUUACUGUACUGUAUAUGCACUCACUCAUAGACAUACAGCACUGAAAGGCAGACCUGGACCAUUAAGCCAAAAAAUGCAAAGGAAAUCUAUUGUAGCCCAUUGGUGGAGGGACAUCCAGUAUAAGUGAAUGUAAAAGAGAUCUAGACAGGGCAGUGUCAGCUGCCCCCUCUCCCCAGCCUCUGGUGCUUUGAGAUGGGAGAGGUAGUGUGGAGGAACCCUCUGGAGAGGGAGCAGAGAGGUGACGAGAUGUCACUGUGCUGUCAGCUCCCAGGAUCAGUGUGUUACACAGGGGUGGAAGGGGAGAGGCUGUACUAUGUCUCA